CAGCGGGUGGGGUGCCCCUGAUGUACUUGUGGGAACACUCUAUGGAGGAUGCGAGCAGUGUCGAUGGUCAUAGGACACCUCACACCAGAAAGGAGUCACCUAGUAAAGAUACAUCGGAAAUAAAAGAUGGUCCUGUCGUGAAGACGGAUACCGCUGGAGAAAUGAAUAAGCUUUUGUUCCCGCCUUUGUUACCUGAAGGACCAAGCCCGUUUUUCUGUUCGCGCGACCGCUACCAGCGAGGCAAACGCUCGAGUCGAAGGAGAUGCGUGGGCGGAAACAAGCAACGCAGAGCUCUCAGUGCACCAGCACGUAUAUUCUUUAUCGAAGACGAGAACUUCGAAAAUCAUCGUGUUCAAGUGGUUUAUCUCGAAGACGAUGAAGAAGGCACAAGCUCAGAGCUGUUUGAAACUACGGAGAAGAGUAGUGAAGGCAGCGGAACAUCGUCUGUUCCUGCAGUGUCGUUACUGACGCGAAGACAGCAAAAGAAUAUGGAAAAGAUCAGCACUAGUCCUGCAAACAUGACUCAAUUGCAAAGAGUGCCACUGACCCAUGAUGACGAUAUGCGGGGUCUACUCCUGCGUUGGAAGCACGAGUUCAAGAGUAAGAGUCCGCCAAGGUCAAGUACAAAGUCUGCAGGAGCUGGAAACAGCAGCGAGGGCAAUGCCGAAGAAGCGAUGGCCGCCUCUAGCUCCUGUGUGUAUGGGUCUUCAUCAUCGAUACGCAGUGCUGGCGGACCUAGGGGUCUCAACGGCAGAGUGAAAAGCGACAGUCACUAUUAUCAAACUCGACAAUGUGCGAAAACAGACUGUGGUAAUGCCAACCGACCCAUGACGCCGGGCCACGACACGGUCUUGGCGACCUCCUCCCAGUGUCCCGCUCGUUCUUUGGAGGUAAUCUGCGAUGGGGGAAGCAAUUGCGGGCACAGCGAUUUUCUUUCAGCUUGUUCAGCGGAUGAGGAUUUAUCUCCUUGUGCACUAGAGCUAGACUGUGGUGGAGCGACAUCAGAUCUUGAAUAUAUGCACGAGACUGAAACUGUGUAUCAUUCCCCGCGUCCCAGUUCGCCUGAUUUGCAACUAGUACCAGGUGAAACUAGCAGUGUAGUUGGAGGUGCAGAAACUGAUGGAGGGGUAUUACAUCCCUCCCCAUCCAGGCCAUCGUCAAGAAGCGAAGCGGUUGGUAGCCCUGCAGCAUCGUCAGAGAUGGGUGCUUUUCAAACGUCAAAAUGUUGCGCAGAGCAUGUGCCACAACAAGUAAUGCAAGCAAGUUCACAAUUGCGACUGCGAGGCGCAGUAGCUGCUAACGCGGACCUUCAAGAAAGGAUGAGUUAUACACUGCCGCAGAAAAAGUUUGUUGGGAUAGAUGGACUUCCCGCGAAAGUUCCAGGCUCCAACAACCGUAGAGUUCUCAAGAUCAAGACGAAGUUGCCACGCCGUGCUAGGUCCGCGAUCGAACGAGGAGGGGAUAAGCGUCUGCUUGAGCCUUGCUCAGCGCGUAUCGAGAGACUGACAUCUCAGCGCCCACGAUCUAGACGCAGGUCAUGCAGCUCGAAGAAAGGACAACCGCAAAGACUGGAGUCUUUUUAUAUUGAGGCGAUGAAACAGGCGGGUACUGAAUGUUUUGUCGUGAAGAUUACUGAUUUUCUUGAUUUCCGUUCUUGAUGCUGAUGCAGAUGUGGAUGAAAAUGAAUCUCUCAAAAUCUUCGUUCUUUUUUUUACUGUUACUGAAAAUGAAAAAUAUUCAAAUCAGUAUAAGUUCUUGCAUUUCAUUGGUAUGGGCCAGGUGCUCCCAAGAGUCCUGAGAUGGCUUUUACUUUGCGGCUUGAAGGCGAGCAGGACGCUAGAGCAUGCGAUAUCGAACAGGUACUCCUAUCAGACGAGCAGAAGCGCAACCAGCACACUUUUGUCGCGCAGGGCAGUUUGGAACAAAACAGCGACGCGAGCACAAUUACAGAUGGCGGGGAGAGCCCCUUUAUUGACGGUAAGGGAUCGCCUUCGGCUGCUUUCGACGACUCCUCUGUCCUCGACAGUGGUGGAGCAACGGCACGAUCAUCGUGUAUCAACACUGCGCGAUCUACUACCGUUCCGACUGGGCGCAGCAGCUGUACACGCACUUCUUCCUUUUGUGCUUUUGCCUCUUCUUCGACGUCAGACCCGCAGUCUCCUCGGGACCUGGCCUCCGUUUCUUCACCCUGCUGCGCGCAGAGGCGUCCGCGAGCUGACACACGGAGCUCCUGCGGAACCACGAGUAUGACGCGAUCGCCGUUGUGUUCACCGCUCGUUUCGCCUUCAGCAUCGCCUGAAGACGAGGAUGCGGCAAUGGAGCAGGAAUGUGAUGAUCUAAAACUCCAACUUCCUCGGGCUUCCAGUGCUGGUUUAAGAACAUCAACUCGUCAUGGUCCCGUUAAAGUGGACGGUCUCCAGCUCCUUCUCCCUGAGGAAGACGAUGUUGUAAAUCGAAAGAAUCCUACGGCUGAUUCGCAACCGCCGCAUGACCCGACAAGACGACAACACGGAAUGGGUAACGCGCGAGAUACGGUGCGGAUGCAUUGCCACGUCGAGGAUCAUGUCGUUAUGAGCUCAGAGGCCAGGCUGUUGGAUUGUCAUGGUCCAGGAUCUCCUGGUGCAAGGUCACCAUUAUCCGCGAUGAGUCCGAGAAGCGUCGAUAACGGUCCAACUCCGACAGUUGACUGUGGAGGAUCAGAUUUUGGAGGAAGUUGUGCUGUUGGCGGAACAUGCGUUCCCAAAGCCAGUCCUUCAACGAGAACGGCGCACGAGCACCAGAAAAACAGGAACGUUGUUGUAGAAGAAAUUGGUCAAGAACAGCGGGGUGCACAGGGGCCAUUUUCAUCGAAGGAAGCUGCUCUAAAGGGUGAAAAACAAAAAAACUCCUGUGGUCCUUCACGACUUCGCUCUUUGAAUAAGGGACUGCAGACGCCCCCAGUUGUAGGUAGCCCGCUAAUUUCGCCACAAGGACAACUAGAGCAAGACCAGCGCCCGGAUGACGUGUUGUCGAUGUCUUCAGCCUCUACUGCCCUGAGACCUGUCGUCCUGCCUCCUCAGGAGGAUCCCGAAGAGGCUGACCACUAUGCCUUCGUGCGCAUUGAGCGGCUGAGCUCUGGCGAAGUGGUGUUCAAAUUUCAGAUAGAGACAAACGAGGGACGAGACGAUUCUGCCACCCUCUUGACCGAGGACGAAGAGGUCACGGGGUUCUGGUCUGCAACUGCGCACGGCCUGCGCGGUUUACCACUGAAUUCAAGGGUCAUCGACGCUUGGCUUGAGGAGGAAUCGACUUUGGGUACUACUUGGUUGAUUUUACAUCAAUCAGUUGAUGAUCUUGAUCAGAUUCGGUUAAUGCAUUCCACCCGUCGCCGGCAAGCACGCCGGAUAUCACUGGGAUCACCCUCUCCGCGAUCUUGGCGCACAAAAGAAGAAUAUUCACAACACCAUGAACUUGAACUUGGAAUAGAGAUAGGCAUGAAUUGGUAUCAACGACAACGGAUGAUACAAGUGCCUUCAUUUUUCCCUUGUCUCUGUUCAGGUGGCUGGCACAUCACAGAAAAAGGCCUCGCCACAGGGAAUUUUCUGAGCUACGACAUUGGCUGCAACAAUUGCCAACAUCUUGUUUUUCGUUUUUUACGAGACGUCGUCAAGGUGCCAGAUUGCAGAACCUUUUACAGCGCUGUCCCAGAAACGAUUUUGGAACGUGUGCGCCUUGUAAGACAGGCUGCCGCGAAAUAUGCUGCACAUUUAUGAAAAACAAUGAUAAAGAUAAUGCGUCAAUCAAUAAUCAUGAUAAUACUGAAUUAUCAGUAUUAAAAACAGCUGCAGCUCUUCGAUUUUUUCAGCUGCAACCACUUUUCUGCUGCAUACUUCUAAUACUCCCAUCUUCUGCUAUGCAGCAAGCAGCUGCAGCAGAGCCACGACCGAUUGCCAAAAUCGAUCCUCUUUCCGUGAGCGAGCAUCCGUUAGCGUGGCCGCUAGGCGUAAAAGGGCUUAGGGAUUUGGAGGACCAAAGUGAUACCCGACGCGAAUGCAUCGCGAACUUCGAACGUUUUCAGCGGCGAAUGUACGAGGCUUAUCAGGAAAGAAAAGAUCCGCCUCUAUUUUCCCAAAGCCGCGAUUUCGAGUCCAAGUUUUAUUUGUGAAAAGAUUUCCAACAUGCGACAGAUACAGAAGUACUACAAGAUGUUCAAGAUCACUUAAUGCGCGCCUUUGUUGUACUUGUAUUUUUAGCUAUCAAAAAAUGAAGAUCUCCUUCGUUCUUUGUUUUCACCAAUGUUUAAUCUUUUCCUGUACCUGUACAUCCAUAAUUGUUAGCUAGUACCUCCUAUGAGUAGGAGCCAGCACUAUGAAAAAUGUAUCCAUUUUUUUGAAGAAUUUGUUGAUGCAGACGAGGAAUCUAUAGCGUAGUGUUUGUUCGUGUUCGUCGUAUCUAUUAUGAAAAAAUAGACAACUAUCACAUCUUACAUAAAAUAGUUCCUGAUAGUACUUCGUUUAUCAUACCUGCUCGGAUUUCUUAGUAGUGGCCAAUAUGCUUCAUAGCAUAUCGGAGAACUAAACGAAACUCUCUAUACUUACUCUUUCUCUUACAUACAUCGUACAACACAAAUAUGCGGACGGAGAAAAGAGAAUGGUGAGGCCCAUCCUAGCAGUUAGCUUCCCUCGAUGUUUGUAAGAAAAGUAAACGUGUCUUACCGUGGAGGACUUCGUUUGUCUCUGUCCGACGAUAAGUUAGCCGGGUAAAGUCUUCUCAGUCUAGUUUCUGUACCAUGGAUGCUGUAUGUGUAAUACUAAGAGUACUGAACUAGAAGAGGGAAUUUCUCUCAUGAUUAAUUUGUUAGGUCCUACUAACUUGUACAACAAGACUACAAAGAAGCACAAGAACAAGCGCGAUAAUAAUGUACGAAUUUCUUUUUUUUGCUUAUCUGAGAUAGAGAGCAUCGUGGCUUUCGUCCCGCAACGUUAACAUUCCUAGGUGCUGCAAUUCUUCUUAAGGUUGUGCUGAGUUUUAGUUUCUUCAUCGAUUUGUCAUUAUCACUGUUCCGUACGUAGCUGCAUUCAGCGCUUUCUAUUCAAUUUUGUUGUCUAAAAAGGCUUCGUUGAUUAAUCCAACAAUAAAGAUGUGGUCCCUCUUAUUUGAUAGAAAGUUUUCUGUUAGGUUAGGCUUACGUUACACGUAGAUGAUCAGCGAGAAGUACGGCAUUUCGCACGCAGAGUCAUUUUCUCAUUUCUCUCUGAUUCAAUGACAGUUUCAGUUGGUCGCGAGAUUUUUAUUUUACGUGUAUUGGAGGCAGGAGGCAGAGGCUGAAAUCGUAGUUGUGAUGUUGUAAGUUCACUCAUCGUAGUUGGAAGGCAGUAGCAAUCUUCAGGUUCGACCGGGAAGAUGAACGAUGGUCACGCGGCAAACACAAUCACUCGAGUAAUUUCGUUUUAUUUGUUUGACGUAGUAGACCAGUGCCAGUGAAGCUUUGCAAUCGUUUUCUGCUGAUAUGCACUCGCAUAUCUCUGACGAGCUUCACGUGACUUCGAUUGACGUGAUGUUGCUAGAAUAGCUGCGAUGGAGCGACUACAUGCGCAUGUAUUCCCUAGUUUAGGAGAAUAUUGAAUGCAGAUUCACAACUUCUACGUACGUGUCGCCGGGCUACAGUUUCAGUUGUGUAUGAUGUUAGCAGAGCUGAUAAAGGCUUUAAGCAAUAGUUUUGUCUUUCUACGAUUCGGAUAAGGAAUAUGUUGUUGCCAUGUGAUUGCAAAACGGAAUCGGAAGGGACCUACAAAUUUGUUUUGUCUGCGGUACACGCAAAAAAAUUUAGAGAAUUGAAUGAGUCUCUUAUCGUACUAGCUACUGCUUCACUGAGGCUGAAAAUGAGAAUUUGCAUUUGGUUUUGACGUCGCACUUGCAGCACCCAGAAAGGAAACUAUAUCAUAGAUUUAGGGCGGUGAGAACAUCGGUUCCGGGUUCUUGUUCCUACUGGUGUGUCGACUAUUCCGGCUGAAAUGAGUUGUAACGCUUUCAUUUUUCCACGACACUCGAGCUAGUGCGGUGUUUUAGCUUCUCUCGUGUUUUGUUUUAACCAUCUUGCUCAAGGGGGUGCUGCAUGUUUGGGCCAUGGCACGGAUCUAUCAGAUUUGUAGUCGCUCCUCAUUUUUGAUUGUAAUUCCAGGUUGACGUUGAUCAGCGAAUGGAUUGUGGGUAUCCAGUCUCGC